AUGGAGGAAUUUAUGCAUCAUGGCUGCAGUGAUGAAGUCACUGAGCUGAUGGAGAUGUUGUCUAAACUCCACUUCAAGAGCCUCCUGUCCGUGCAUGAUGCUGUGGCCCAAACAGACUAUGAGCCCACACUGCCCCCUAUACCUGAUGACUAUGUGGCAGAUGAAGAAGAUUCAGUCAAAAUUGUCAGUUUGGUAAAAACCAAAGAGCCCUUUGGUGCAACUAUCAAAAAGGAUGAGUCUACUGGAGCCAUUGUCAUUGCGAGGAUAAUGAAGGGAGGUGCUGCAGAUAAAAGUGGCCUGAUCCACGAAGGAGAUGAGCUGAUGGAAGUGAACGGCGUCUCGAUGGAACAGAGAAAACCAAAGGAAAUACUCUCUCUUCUGGCCUGUUCAAAAGGUGCAGUGACUUUUAAGAUCAUACCUGCUUUAUACAGAGAAGAGGUGUCAUCACAAAGAAAACAGCUGUUCGUGCGGGCAUUAUUUGACUAUAACCCUGAGGAGGACCCCGCUAUUCCGUGUAAGGAGGCUGCUGUGGGUUUUAAAAGAGGAGACAUAUUACAGAUUGUCAGUUUGGAGGAUGAGACUUGGUGGCAGGCCUGUCACCAGGGAGAAGGAAAGUCCUGCCCCGGACUCAUUCCAUCACAACAGCUGCAUGAGAGGAGGGUGACCUUGCAGAGACCCAGAGCCCUGUUCAGGCCGCGCACACCCAAAGCAUCAGAUGAUGCUAAAGUCUUGGAGGAUGUGGACUACCGCGCCAUAACCGGCUUUCACAUUGCUGGUUUGAGGAGAAGUUUCCGACUCGGCAGGAAAGGCAGUGUGGCCCGAGAAGUUGCCAGGUCUCGGAGGUGGAGCACCGGUUUGCACAGCUCCAUCAGGCCCCCAACCUACAUCGAAGUCAUCCCCUACCACAGUGAACCCACGGACAGGCACAAGCUGGUGGUCCUGGUCGGGCCAAGUGGCGUUGGCGUCAGUGAGUUGAAGAAGAGGCUGCUGAUCUCCGACCCGGACUGCUAUGCUGUGACCGUGCCCUAUACAACACGAGAGAGGAAACAACAAGAAACAGAUGGGGUUGACUAUCACUUUGUGCCACUACACAAGUUCGAAGAGGACAUUCUCCUUCACAGGUUUAUUGAAUAUGGACGCUACAAGGGACAUUACUACGGGUCAAGUCUAGACUCAGUCAACCGAGUCUUGGCAGACAGCAAAGUGUGCCUUUUGGACAUGCAUCCAAGUAACAUAAAGUGCGUGUACACUGCAGAGUACAGACCAUUUGUGGUGUUUGUGAAGCCCCCGAGGAUUGAGGAGCUGCGCCUGACCCGCCGCAGAGCCAAGUUCAUCUGCGAGGGAGAGGACAAGAACCCAGUCCGCACCUUUACUGAGGAAGAUUUCGAGGAGAUGAUUGACACAUCUGAGUCUAUGGAGCGGGAGUAUGGGCACCUGUUCGACAAGGUGUUGGUGAACGGGGACAUCGCGGUGGCGUUCCGAGAGCUGAAGACGGCGGUGCUGGAGAUCAUUGAGGCCGAAGUUCAGUGGAUCCCGACAGAGUGGGUUCGCCCGUCUCCAACAGCGUCACGGAGGAGCUGCAGUCACUUAACAGGCUGGAUCUGA